AAGUGACAUGACAGUUCACGCGUGAAGUGAAAGACCGUACUCAAUUGAAGGAAAUCUGUCUUGAAUAGGAAUAAUUAAGAAAACACUGUUGGAACCGAAUUUUUAACAAGUGCUCUGAAAUUGAAAAGCCAAUGCACCGGUGAGAACCGUUUGGAAUCAUAUCCAUCAUAUUAUCAUCCAACGGAAAAAUGGCGUCCAAUCGCAGAUUGCUAGAUUGUCUCUCAUGCAGGCAGGUACUGAAUAUUAUGGUAAUUCUCGGCUUCAUGUUGAAUUAUAUGCUACGCGUGAAUCUGAUGAUAGCGAUUGUAGCGAUGGUGGCACCGAGCAACAGUAGCGAUCAACAUUCGCAUUCCAACGAAUCGGCGUUGUUGGACGAAUGCGGUCUCCAGGCGACGAUGAUGAACGACCUCACCCCGAUCGACGACAUCAGGACCCCGGCGGCCAACGUCAACAUUAAUAGAGUCAACGAGGAAGAACGAGCCCAGACUAAGUAUUCGUGGAACGAAUAUGAGGUGAAUCUGAUCAUCGGCUGUUUUUAUUGGGGUUACAUCUUUACGGAGAUACCAGGCGGUCGACUCGCGGAGAUAAUCGGCACCAAACGGGUCUUUGGCUACAGCAUGCUGCUAUCGAGCUUUCUCACUCUGCUGACACCGUUAGCCGCCACCUUCGACUAUCCCAUGCUCAUCGCAUUGAGAAUCAUACUAGGAUUCCUACUGGGUGCCACCUGGCCUGCCAUCCAGCCAAUGACUGCUCGAUGGAUUCCACCGACGGAGCGUAGCAAGUUCGUCUCUAACAUGAUGGCCUCGUCGCUCGGCGCCGCGAUAACUAUGCCGUUGUGCGGAUUCCUCAUCGCCUCGCUCGGCUGGGAGUCGGUGUUCUAUGUGACCGGCGUGAUCGGGAUUAUAUGGAGCGUGACAUGGUUCUUGCUGGUGUUUGACUCGCCGUCGCAGCAUCCGCGCAUCAAUGCGGAGGAGCGGAACUUUAUCGAGAGCUCAAUCGGAACGACCACUACCAUGAAGCAUCUACCGAUACCGUGGCGUUCGAUGCUCACAUCAGCACCCGUCUGGGCUAUCGUGAUAACGCACGCGUGCAGCGUCUUCUGUUAUUUCACUAUUGUCAAUCAACUUCCAACUUAUAUGAAGUACAUCUUGCACUUUAACAUUAAAGAGAACGGACUGUUAUCAUCAUUACCCUAUUUAGGCAAAUACUUAUUUUCUUUAUCAAUGUCCACUUUAGCUGAUUAUUUGCUUCGCACUAACAAAUUAUCAGUGACCACGAUACGCAAAAUUUUCACAAUAUUUGCUGAGUUAACUCCCAGCAUCCUUAUGGUGAUCCAAGCGUACUAUGGUUGCAAUCGCGCGGCGUCGGUCGCCAUAUUUACCGUCGCUCUAACAAUAAAUGGUGGCGUAACAGCCGGGUAUCUCGGGAACGGACUCGACAUCGCGCCUAAUUUCUCCGGGACCAUAUUCGGUAUCGCCAACACUUUCAGCUCACUGGGCGGUUUUCUUAGCAGCCACAUGGUUGGACAAAUCACGUACAAGAAUCAAAUCUAUGCGCAGUGGAGCAUGAUCUUUUGGAUUUUGGCAAUCAUCUACUUCAUCGGCGCAUUGACAUUCGCUAUUUUCGGUACUGGCAAGUUACAAAGUUGGAAUUCGCCCGGUAGCAACACGAAGAAAAACGGCGCCAUCGUCGAAGAUGGUCCCGAAUCGGUUCCCCUUAAAAGCAAAACGAUUUCGUAACGAUUUCGAGAUUUCGCUAGGAGAUUGCAAAUCAAAUGCGGCGAUAAAAGUGUCGAUUUAUUGCGACACGAUUUAUUCCAAACGGGACAAUAUUCGUUUUUAUUAUCUUUGGAUUUUAGAACUAUCGAUGAAUAUCUCUUAGCUUGGCAGUAGUGAAUAAAACAUUUUUCACUGCCUUAUAAUUUUUGGCAUAAAGAUUUAGAAUAAGGUUUUUAAUUAACAAAAUUGAUGUAAUUUAUUAUAGCUUAAUAUUUUAUGU